CGCUCAACUCUUGGACUGUGCACUUUAGCUCAGGAAUGAAAUAAGAAAAUGAUUAAAGAUUUAUAUUUAAAACCAACAUGUGUCUCUAUAAGGCUGCUGUCUCUGGGAAUUAUAUCUCGACAAAAGCAGAAUUUGCUGUGGCUGAUGAUCAUCUGUUGUGCUUCAUGCCAGAUAACUGGCUCAGAAAAUCAGAUCCAAAUCAAGGUCCAAGUCAAUUCGACGGAUCACUGUUUCUGGAACCAAAGUAUCUCACCAUAUUCAGCUCUAUCAUAUGAUAAUCUAGAAAAUUGUCACAUAAUGAAUGUCACACUAAACAUCUCUUCUCAAGGACAAUGCAGAUCAUACAGUUUCACCAUAACAAAACAGGGGGAGGAUUAUGAAAUCAGAAUGAAUGAGACAAUUGAAGGCAUAAAACUGUGUUUAUUAGUGAAUGAUGAUUGUCUGCCAUCAGCCCAGCAAGAAGUUGUUCCAGUGUUCAUGAGUUUGGAAGAGCAGAUCAGAAGAGGAUCUUCAUCACAUGAGAAUGAUAAUAUCUUUAAUUGCCCUCUGGUUGGCAGCAGCAUCAGUGCCAUAAAUUAUAUGGAAGAAAGUUGUUUCGCUACUGUUGUUCCUGAAGAGAAAUGUACAAACGCUGAUGAUGAUAUAUGCAAUGAGGAAGAAGUAAGCAAAUUCAUUCUGCGUUUAAAGAACAGUGAAUGGAUGUGUGUGACCUGUGAUAACAGUGAUCUGGGUGAAGGUGUUGAAGCCGCAGAAGCAUCAGACUACUUGGACAAAAUGGAGUCUAACAUGGAAGAGAUGGAAAAAAAACAUACAAGCAUUCAGAAUGUCAAAGGGGAGGCUAUCGGUCUUCUCCAAAUACAUGCCGAGAACACAACAACCGAAGACACGUGCUACUCAUCAAAUCAGAACAAGAUAAACGUUGUUGACUGUCAAAGUAUCCCAAAUACAAACUUUUCAUGGGCUGUAAAGAUUCCCAAGGAAGCAGUGAAUAAAUCACGACAGGAAAACAGUGGACAUGCGUUUGUUGCAGUUCUACAGUUCAAAAAUAUGAGAGACAAGAAUCAAACUAAAAAUCAGACUGUUUUGAAUAACGAGGUUUAUGGAAUAACAAUGAGGGCCAAUAUCUCCAACCUUACCGACAAUAUCGAAAUGCUCUUUGCACAUAAUGAUGAGGUCAGUAAUGUGUCCUGUGUUUCUUGGGCUGGCAAAGGGGAACUGAAUUGGACGACGUUCGGCUGCGAGACAGAAAUCAACAACAACACCAUAAAGUGCUCCUGCUCACAUCUGACGUUCUUUGCAGUGCUGAUGUCUCAGUCAUAUGCAAACAUCACAGCAAAGGAUCUGGAAUCAUUGACUUAUAUCACUUAUAUCGGCUGCGGCAUCUCCAUGUUUUUUCUGUCCAUCGCUUUAUUCAUGCAUUUUCUGCUGCGGAAGGCCAAAUCAAAUCAGGCCACGAAGAUCUUGAUGAACAUGUUUGUGGCUUUGUUUCUACUGAAUGCCUCGUUUUUGUCAAACGAGAGCGUCGCUAACACACAAGACAACGCUGCGUGCGUCUUCAUAGCGCUGCUCCUGCAUUACUCCAUGCUGGCCUCAUUCACCUGGUUCUUCAUUCAAGCACUUCAUAUGUACUUAUGGCUCAUCAGACAGAACGUCACCAUCAGAAACUACACGAGGAAGAUCACCGUGUUGGGCUGGGUGUGUCCAGCUCCAAUAGUCACAGUUAUUGUUUCUGUAGGAGGAUAUGAAGCAGUGAUCAUAAAUGCCACGUCUGGAAAAAUCACCCGAAUGUGCUGGAUUACAAAUCGUUACAUUCACUACACAGUGAACAUCGGCUACUAUGCUUUAGUGUUCAUCUUCACGACAGGAAUCUUCAUCAUGAUCGUCACUAAGGUCGUUCAGACCAGAAACACAAAAGCGACUGACGGCAAGAGAAAGACGUUCAGAAAGCAGCUGAUGAUGAUGUUGAGUUUGUUCGUGCUCUUCGGUCUGACGUGGUCUGUGGCGUUCUUCAGUUAUGGACCGAUGCUCAUUCCCUCAUAUUACAUAUUCACUGUGUUGAACUCGUUUCAGGGGUUUUUCCUCUUCCUGUAUUACUACCACAUUCACAAUGACGUCGCGGAUCAUUUCUCCGAUGAUCCAGAAAGCACCGACUCCACCACAACCAUCGCUCAAUCCAACAUUACUGCUGUAGAAAAUAUUUAUAACUAGCAUAACUAAGACAGAAGGCUUUCUUUGUCUCAGACUUUCUUUCUCUUAGACUAAAAUGAUGUAUGUACAGAAAAGUAUGACCCUAAAAGCAUCAGUUUUACUGAAAUCACUCAAAAACAAAUGACACAUACCUGCUGAUCAUUACUAAAAACUUAGUAGAAGGAUUGAAUUGUGCUUUCAAAACUCUGGUAUGAUCUGAUAUUACUGUUGUUCGAUUUGUUAAGUGUUAUAAUUCAUGUGUGAUCAUGUGCGUGUCAGCAACUCAAACAACACUGAUCCUUAUUUAGAAAAAUGUACAUCUUCAGGAUGAAUGUCAACACGCCUUUGGAUUCAGAUGUUUGCAUGGUCAUUUUAUAAAGCAUCUUACUAAAGUCCAUGCACACAGAUGUGAAACAUAUUUGGUUACUGGAAACAAAACAACCAAAAAAACACGGUCAGAAUCAGUGAAUCAGUCAUUGUUUUAUGUUGCUUAUGAUUCUCUGUUAUAUUUCUCAGUAUUUAUCAUGUGAUUCUAAUGCAGCUAAUACAAUGUAAUUUUA